ACAUACCAAUAGCGAAUACACUAUCAACUUCCUUUCAAUGCAACGUGUAGACCGGUUUAGAGGAAUAGCCCGUCUUCUCUUUCAGUUCUCGGAACAGAAGUUUCAACCAGCAACUCUUGCAAAAACAGCCACAUUGCGUGGGAAGGCAUCGAGUGCAAGACACUUUAGCAUCUCAUCUCAGGUCAAAAUGUCGUACGGUGUUGUGGAAAGGGGAUGUCCAAAUUCGUUGGAAUAUCGAAUGUUUUUGAGUAGUCCCAAUGGCACUGUUGUAUCCCCCUUCCAUGAUGUACCCCUGUUUGCCAACACCGAGAAGACCGUGCUGAACAUGGUGGUGGAAAUCCCUCGCUGGACCAAUAGCAAGAUGGAGAUUUCUAAGGAGGAAAAGCUGAACCCCAUCAAGCAGGAUGUUAAGAAAGGUGCAUUGAGAUUUGUGAAGAAUGUCUUCCCUCACCACGGCUAUAUAUGGAACUAUGGUGCCUUCCCACAGACCUGGGAGGAUCCGAAGCAUGAGACUCCAGAAACUAAAACUCUGGGAGACAAUGACCCCCUGGACGUCUGUGAAAUAGGCCACAAGGUACACAAUCGAGGAGCAGUUAUUCAGGUCAAGGUGCUUGGUGUAAUGUGCCUGAUAGAUGAGGGUGAGACAGAUUGGAAGGUGAUAGUGAUUGAUGUCACAGACCCAUUAGCUAAUGAGUUAAAUGAUAUAGAAGAUGUAGACAAACUCAUGCCUGGCUUUCUCAAGGCAACUUAUGAAUGGUUUAAAAUUUACAAGAUCCCAGAUGGCAAGCCAGAAAAUAAAUUUGCAUUCAAUGGUGAAGCAAAAAAUAAGGAAUAUGCCAUGAAGGUUGUGACAGAGUGUAACAAACAAUGGGAAAAGUUAAUCGGCAAGAAAUGUGAAAGUAACGGAAUAGCAUGUGAGAAUACGUCUGUUGCCAGCAGCCCGUACAAGAUAACAUCUGAUGACGGAAAAAAGAUUGUUGACAGUCAACCACAGCUAGGAGCUUCAAAACCAUUAGGAGAUGGAGUCAACAAAUGGUACUACGUCAAACUAUAACAGAUACACACCGUUUACCAAGAAGAGGCAUUGGGGAUCAACUAUGACAGGAUUUUCUUUUAGUUCUUAGACAUAUCACAAAGUAGUGCUCAAUGGUUUAACCCCUCCCUCCUCCCUCCAUCAAUUUGUCUGUAUAUAAUCGUGCUGGGUUACAAUCAUGUGAAUAAAUGAGGUCUUUCUGUAAUUAUACCAGUAUUGUUUGGUUGUUUUUGAUGUGGACAUUCCUGAUACUCUGUAAACAAAGCUGUAAUUAACGGUUCAUUUCACCUGUGUUUGCAAUCAAUUAGAAAGCAGUACGUGAUUAGGGACUAUUUAUAUUGGCAUUGGAGCCCUAUGCUUCUAAUGUAUGCAUUGAUUGACUGUUUUAGACUUGACAACAAAUAUUGGUCCUGAGAGGCGAAUCAUCAAUAUUACGCAGGUAUAUUUAUGCAAGUAGAAGCGGAGGAAUUGCUCGUUAGAAGCUAGAUUUGUUUCUGGUUCUUACCUGUAAUUCUGGAACUAGAUUUUUAUGGUCUGUUUAAUUUACCCGGCAGUAUGUUAAUGAUCAACUUGCUCCUUUAAAUUGAUUUUGAAAUGAAAGACUGAUGUUUGUUUUUUUUCUACCAGAUAAUUUUUACAACACUAAGGAUCACAGUAGUCCACCGAACACUAGGACUUAUUUCCCCAUAGUUUUUUAUUUUUGAAUUUUUUAUGCAGGACUAUUGAAUGUUUACCUGUGUUUGAUUUACUGAAGUUUUGUGAGGUACUUAUAAUCAAUCUUUUUGUGUACAUUUACAUGACAUAUAUGUUUUACUUAGAAAAGUUCAGAAUGUUCCAUGAAUUUUCUGUGGCAAGUUUUAUAGUUAUUAUUUGGUGCAUUGACAUUAAAAUAAUAUUUAUAAAUGAUUUAUGGCAGACACAACACCGUCUUGUCUUAAUGGCAUGCUUUAAAUGAUGCUAUAUUAAACAAGUGCUUGCAAAUAUUUUCUGACGACAUUAAAGCUGUGGAAACGUUUGUUAGAUUCAAUGUUUAUUAAAACAUAAAGAAACGAAA